UCGAUCUUCUCUCCCAACUUUCCUCAGCGCCACAAAACGCCUCUUCAACGUCCAACCAAUCUCCCAAACUCUCUCUACCUAUCUCUCUCCGCCUCUGUGUUACAGCUUCUGUUCGUUCAUUUUCCUUUGUUGGAUCUGGAUGACAAACCAAACCGGUGGUGCUACCACCAUGACAGUGGAGAAAACCAACUUUCAACGUCCAAAAUUCGGGUCCCUCUUGCACUCCGACCCCACCUCGCUUUUCACCAUCGGCGCCCACGACUUCUCCGUCGAUGACGACUUCUCCCAUCAUCACCAGCGCCACAGCAACGUCGAUGCAGCCACCGGGGGCCCCGAAAACGCCUUCUCCAGCGACAAUAGUUCGCCUUACUUGAUGUCUCCCUGGAGCCACCAAGCACCCGCCACCUCUCCCUACUCCAAAUCUCCCUGGUUCCUCUCAUCACCCUCGGUCGCUCCUCCUGGUUUCCACGAAUACGAUGGCUUUCCACCUAAUGGCCUCAUCGGCUCGCUCGUGCGUGAAGAAGGGCACAUAUAUUCCCUCGCCGUCUCUGACGAUUUGUUGUACACCGGUUCCGAUAGCAAAAACAUCAGGGUGUGGAAGAAUUUAAAGGAUUUCGCUGGUUUCAAAUCGAACAGUGGACUGGUGAAGGCCAUCGUGAUUUCUGGCGACAAGAUUUUUACGGGACACCAGGAUGGGAAAAUCAGAGUGUGGAAGUUUACGCAAAAGAAUCCCAACUCUUACAAACGAAUCGGGAGUUUGCCUACUUUAAAGGAUUACUUGAAAAGCUCGAUGAAUCCCAAGAACUAUGUCGAAGUCCGGCGGCGAAAGAACAAGGUUAAAAUCAAGCAUUUUGAUGCCGUUUCCAGUUUAAGCCUGGUGGAAGAUCAAGGGCUGUUAUACUCAGGCUCCUGGGACAAGACGCUCAAGGUUUGGAGGCUGUCGGAUUCAAAAUGCUUGGAAUCGAUCCACGCCCACGAUGACGCCGUGAACUCGGUGGUCUCCGGGCUAUACGGCUUCGUUUUCACGGGAUCCGCCGACGGUACGGUGAAGAUGUGGAAGAGAGAAAUGGUGGGAAAAGGGAAAACAAACCACCUACUAGAUCGUAUUCUUCUCAGGCAGGAAAAUGCCGUGACGGCCUUGGCAGUGAACCGCGAGUCAAAUGUAGUGUAUUGUGGGUCGUCUGACGGGUUGUUGAACUUCUGGGAAGCAGACGGAAAAGGCAACCUGUGUCACGGUGGUGUUCUGAAAGGUCAUAAGCUCGCCGUUCUCUGCCUUGCAGCCGGCGGUAACCUUGUGUUCAGUGGCUCAGCCGAUAAGAACAUAUGCGUGUGGAAGCGAGAGGAGAGCGGAAUGCACUCGUGCCUCUCGGUUCUUACGGGGCACACGGGUCCUGUCAAAUGCAUAGCGGUGGAAGAAGAAAGAGCAGAAGCAUCAGAAGAAGAUAAAUGCAGACAGGAUUAUCAUCAUCGGGUUCUUACGACGGAGGGAGGAAGAUGGAUAGUGUAUACAGGGAGCUUAGAUAAUUCAGUGAAGGUGUGGCGCGUAUCAGAGCACGUGCCAGAGUUGAGGAUGUUCCAAGGAUUAGUGAAUAAAGCCAGCGGCUCCUCUCCACCGGGAGGAAUUAAUGACAGGUGGCACUUUCAACGUGAGAAUUAUUGAGGAUAAGUGGCAAUCACGCUCUUUGCAUGGACGUGGAAUCACGCGGAGCUAGAUAAAAAUAGAGGGCUAGAGUAGUGUGUCCGUUUCGUUGGGGUCGCCUGUCCGUCAAUGCUUCGCACAACUUUCCCUAAUCAUCCUUCUCGCGUUUGAUUAGGUUAAAAAAAAAAAAAAAAGAACUUUCAAGGAAAAUAGGGUUAUGUAUUUUUAUCUUCACAAAAUGCAUGCCUCAAUAAUAUGUUUAGUUUUUGUAAGAUACUUCUUGAGAAUUGUUAGCCUCGCUAUAAUUAUAUAUUCAGCAGCAAUGUUCGCCCA